CGAAUUUACAGCUGUGUCCCCUCCAAAGGAGCUGAUUGACUUCCCCCAGCCUGGUUUUCAGGCUACCCCUAAACACCACGGUGUUACUGGGGGUGGGGGCGGGGGCCUUCACCCUCUCAGCUGAUCUUCCAGGAGUUUCCAGCUCUCACGUGUGUGCGUGGCAUUCAAACAGCAUUAAAGCAGCUCAGGGCAAGAGGAUUUUAAAUACCCACAAAGAGGCCUUAGGAGCUCAUUACUUAUUUCGAUCUCAGGAAGAAGCUAGCGGCUCUUAAAAGGAGCGACCGGGGGCACUUCUAAGGGAUUUUAAUGGCAGGCUGGAGGUCGUGCUAUCUCAGGUUUGCAAGGCCGUUUGGGAGAGCCGCUGCAGUCUCUCCACAACUCCUUCCUCCGCGCAGAGAAAACUGGGCAGCGGGAAAACCCGGGGCAGGCGCUCGAGGCGAGAAAGCAAACGUCCUGACCCUGGUCAUUAGAAAUCAACUGACGACAGGAAGGAAGCGUAUUAACCCCUCUGCCCCCCCUUUUCCCCCGGGGAAAAGCGGCUCCUCCUCCUCUUGGUCGGGCGACCCUGAUGUAAAAUGCGAGCAGCCGCCUGCUCUCCGCACCCUGCCCUUCUCUCGCAGCCCGGGAAGAGGCCAGAGGGAGGGCGCAGCCCAAAGCUGAAGAGAGCAAGUCUGUCAACUCGGCGCGCCAGUCCUGGGCGAGACGACCUGCACCCUGCCACCCUCGCGCCAACAGGGCACUCCGUGAGCCGCGUUCACCUGCCGGCCUACCGACUUUGCACUCUGCACCCCAGUUUCUACCUUGGCCCCCCAGCCUCGCCAACUCCGGGCCCCUCUGCCUCGCACAGGUGGCGCAAGAGCCCCUACCCUCUAGCACCCCCUGCCGGGGAGAGGGACGGCUGCGGCGGCCGCGGAGGAGCAGGGUGCAGGGCGGGGAGAGGGCUCAGGCGCCGGGAAGAAGCCGGGAGCGUCCCCGAUGGUGCUGCCGCCUCCGAGCCGGGGAGGAGCGGCGAGGGGGCAGCUGGCCAAGAGCCUGGGUCCGCUGCUGCUGCUCCUGGCUCUGGGACACACGUGGAGCUACCGCGAGGAGCCCGAGAACAGUGACAGAGAAGUCUGCUCAGAAAACAAAAUCACCACGACCAAAUACCCGUGUCUGAAGGCUUCAGGCGAGCUCACCACGUGUUUCAGGAAAAAGUGCUGCAAAGGGUAUAAGUUUGUUCUUGGACAAUGCAUCCCAGAAGAUUAUGACGUGUGCUCCGAGGCGCCGUGUGAGCAGCAGUGCACAGAUAACUUCGGCCGCGUGCUGUGCACGUGUUACCCGGGAUACCGGUAUGACCGCGACAGGUACCGGAAGCGCGAGAAGCCCUACUGCCUCGAUAUCGACGAGUGUGCCACCAGCAACGAGACACUGUGCGCACACAUCUGUGUCAACACCCUGGGCAGCUACCGCUGCGAAUGCCGGGAGGGCUACAUCCAGGAGGACGACGGGAGGACAUGCAUCAAGGGAGACAAAUACCCCAAUGACACCGGGCACGACGAGAAGUCUGAGAACGCGGUGAGAGCCAGCACCUGCUGCGCUUCGUGCAAGGAGUUCCACCAGAUGAAGCAGACGGUGCUGCAGCUGAAGCAAAAGAUUGCCCUGCUCCCCAACAGCGCCGCGGACCUGGACAAGUACAUGACUGGGAACAAGGUGCUGGCCUCCAACGCCUACCUGCCGGGACCUCCCGGCCUGCCAGGGGGCCAGGGCCCUCCAGGCUCGCCGGGACCGAAGGGCAGCCCCGGCUUCCCCGGUGUGCCGGGCCCUCCUGGGCAGCCGGGCCCACGGGGCUCCAUGGGGCCCAUGGGACCAUCUCCUGACCUGUCCCACGUUAAGCAAGGCCGGAGGGGCCCUGUGGGCCCGCCGGGCGCCCCAGGAAGAGACGGCUCUAAGGGGGAGAGAGGAGCCCCUGGACCCAGAGGAUCUCCUGGCCCCCCCGGUUCUUUCGACUUCCUGCUGCUGAUCCUGGCGGACAUCCGCAACGACAUCACAGAGCUACAGGAGAAGGUGUUCAGGCCGCAGACCCGCCCCUCAGCGGAGGACUUCCCUCUCGUACAGGAAUUCUCCAGCUAUCCGGAAACCAUGGAUUUCAGCUCUGGAGACGACUCCGCGGAAAGAACCGAGGCGAGAGACCUGGGGACCCCCAGAGACUCCUAUCCUUAGCACGUGUCAUGCUGUUCCAACAUCUGCGUGCAGAAGGAAGAGAAGAGUUUUCACACCUGCAGUCAAAUCAUCUAAAGAAAAGACAAAAAAAAAAAAAAAACACUAAACCCCACCACUGGAGACCUGGACAAGAUACAUCAUUUUCUUUACUCUUUCCUGCCUUUUCCCUACUUCUUGUUUUCCAAAUACUGCUUUCAGAGGCUCCCUGCUAGGCGAGCUGGCCAUGAGGGAGUAAACGAAUGAUUCACGUGCCUCCGCCCAAGAGCAGGUGAGCUGGUCGGCAUCGGAACUUCUCCCCUGUUUAUUUAUUUCUUUUAAGAACUUUUGGCUUUCUGACUUAAGAUUCUCACAGUAUCUUCAAUUUGACAGAAGCAGAGGGAAACGUGGCAAGGUGAGCUCAAAGAAAUGUGAGGUUAUUUGUAAAGAAGAAUUAGAUACGUGUCCCAAAGAGGCUUUUGCUCCUUGGUAUCAAAGUAAGGCCUUUUCAAUGAAAAGGGAGGAACAACAAUGUGUAUGUCCUUUGGCAGAUGAUUCUUUUCCAUGGUUGAUCUAGUAGAUUUUAAAUAUUCAGCCUCUUGUCCAACCUCCUUUCCCAGUUUCGAUUAAGCUAGGAGAGAGUCCUGCAGGAGCAGAGACUGGGAAGGGUGGAGAAGAUACGUACUGUCACAGAGGCUGCCACACUCUAAACUCAAAACCGACCAGUAAGGGGUCAGGUGACACUUGUCUAUCUGUAUCCUGUUCAGAAAAGGAAGUUGCUCCAGGUGUAGGACUGAGUCCUCUUUUCAAAAGAGAAAACGGAAUCAAGUGCCCUGAUUCACCUUAGGACAGUGGGCUCCUGGCUCGCCAGGACGUGUUAAAGCCGUUUGAUCGAAUGAGUGGGCCUACUCAGUCAGUCACAGAUUCUUUGUUGGACGAGGGUGGCCGACCCUUAGAGAGGCGCAGAAACCCCUAGGCUCGGACCGGGUGCCCAGAGGUGUCCUUAGGCCGUGAUCCAGGUUGGAGCAGAGCACACUGGAGCUCAGAGCCCGAAGGGCCAGCUUGGGUUGUUGGCCGAGGGGAAGGGGAACCUCCGGAAGGGACCCCCCACUAAUAGGCAGAGGCAAGUAAGUUUGCUCUCGUGGGGAAUUAGAAGUCCUCGUCUGGGGCCAGCCAGGCUUGCCAACAGAGAGAAUUAUACACUAUUGAAAGUUCGCCGAGAUGUGGAGGGGAAAAAAAAAACAAGUUUCCCCUGUUUGGCAGAAAUUUCCUUCCCACUGGUCCCAUUUUUCUUUAAUUGUCCAUAAUGUAACUCAAGACCCAGUUCUUGCAGGCCUUCUCUGUGGCUUCCCUCUCCCAGCAAACACGAGAAGCAGUCGGGAAAGGGGCAUGUUGCCGAACCUCCCAUUCGGUCUGUGUGUGCUCAUGCGCUUCUGCGUCCCCAGGGAAGCGUAUUCUGGAAAAGGCUUCCUCUGCGUCCCCAGGGUCAGGAGCAAGAGGCUGUGCUCAGAAGAUGAGCAGAGGUAUCCCCUCCUUUGUAGUAUUCUUGGGGAACCUCUUGGCUUUGAUGGGCAGCUUGCAGGUUUCUUCAAGGACACGCUCGCAUGUGACACAUGGAAUGGCUUUGCACCCACCUGUGCAGGAGACCUUCACCCUUACACCGGACCCCACCAAUUACCCCGCAACAACUCACGUUUGCUUAUAUUGGUGUUUCCAUUUCCCAUCCUACGAUUCCCCCCUAUAUUUCUGGGAGAUUUGUGUUUAGGUUUCUUUUCCCAUCAUUUCACAUUCCUCCUGGGACACUUGUUUCAAGAGAUCUGCUGUUGGUGUUUGCCUGCCUCUUUUCAAUCUUCCUGCAGAGAGCCGGCAGAUCUCAAGGGACAACCGCCUUCCUUCCGUUCACGAUAGAAACACAGGGCGCAGGUCAGUUGGCCUGGCGGCCGAGUCUUUCACCAACACGCCCCUCCUCCUUCCUCAGGCAAAUCCCCAGUGCCUGUCCUCCAAAACGUCACUGCUGAAAGCCAUCGCAUUCUCAAUGUUCCUCUUUUCACCUCGUCCCUUCCCUCCCCAGCCUCGCCAGCCACGGUUUCCAAUGCACAGAGUAGCUGUGGCUUCCCGUCUGGAAUGUAGUUAGUGUCUGCCUGCUUGCGGAACACAGUAUUUGAAGGGUGUGGGUGGGCAAAUGCUCAAGGAAAUGAUGCACAGGCUCUGUGAGACGUGAUUGGGCCUGUCUUUGAUUUUUUUUUUAUGAGGAAUUAUAUUACCUUUUCUUUUCCUUAACAGUAAACUGUGUUUAGAAAUAUAAUCUUCUCUAUCAUUAAGUGCUCAUGAAACGCAAGCCAACUGCACAUUGGACAUGCAGACGCUAGGAUAAAUACAUUAAAAGAAUGAACCGAUGGUGGUAAUAUCUGGGAUUCCUGAUACUAUUCUAGAUAAUGUUCACCAGCAAAACACACAAUAACCUCUAUUUCAUCAUCUCAAUCUGCUGGGUUGGGUCAAUGUAUAAAAUAAUUAUUCAGGCUCAGAUUUUCAGAAGUUGGACAAGGCCUACAGGACUAAAAAUUAUGUAUUCUGCAUGCCCAAAUUGUAUUUUUCACAGAUAAGACAUUAUAAGGCACUGUUGUUUCUAAUGUAUCUUUUAGUUAUGGGUAGGAAAUCAAAGCUUCACUGUCUAAACAGGCCCAUCUGCUCAAACCUGAAUGGAAAAGCCAUUUGGGGGGUCAAAUUUGCUGGACUCUUGCUGAGCCCCUCCAUGGAUCGUGGGGGUGGGGGGGGAAGGUCUUUGUAGACAUCUUCAACCCUGCAGCGGAAACGUCAGCUGCGGGUUUUUGCACCCUGAUAACUGGGACUCGUGAAUAGGACUUAGUAGUUUGCUUCCAUUUCGGGAAAGCAAUGGGAAUAAAAAUCUGAUUGAAAAUAGUGGAGGGAAGGCACACAUUUUAUUUUGAGAAUAUCCUCCGCCCUUCCCAAUUCCAGAAGAAACUAUGUACCCCCAAAGGAUAUGGGGGUACAGAGGGAAUGUUGUCUUCUCUCUCCUGUGUUUUCUCCAACACCUGCCACAAAGUGGACAGACCCACGGAAGUCAUGUCUACUGUAUACACUCAGGUGUGCACACAGUGGAAUGGGUCAAUAGCAAAUGCACAUCAGCUUGGGGGAGGUGUACCCCACCAAAUCCUAGGUGAAGGGCAUCUCAGGUCUGGCCAUGCUCCAUGGUUCUGGCUUUGUGAGCCUGUUUCUAGACAUGCAAGGGGAGGUAUUCUCCAUGCCAGACACCUCCCCGGGGUGACAGCAAAUCCCUCAUCAUACUCUGGGUGUCACGCCCCAUCCCGGCCCCACCCCUGCCACUCCAGCCCAUCCCAGAGAGAGACAGCAGCCUCGUUGUGCAAACUGAACAUCUGUCAGAUAACCUUCCUGACAAAGACAUCUAUUUGCAAAGAGCCCGGGCCAAACAGCUAGCAGAAUAGAGCCAUCUGACGUUAUUAAUGAAUUCAGAGAAAUAGAUGAGUUUUUCCUGGCACUGUCAGCAUGUGUGUUUCACAGCAAAUCAAAACCAUGAUUUACUAUUUGGAAAAAAAAAAGCCAUGACCAUAAUUGUUAAAGCAUACAAUCUUGGGAUCGCAUGCUCCUCCAGCAAAGAGGAGUGCUUCAGGGAAACCACGGGAAAAAGACCCCUUUGCACCUGCCCCAGGGAGCUCAGUGUUCUUGGUUAUGUCCCCAGCGCAAGAGCCCUGGUGGGUGUCGUGCAUGUCAUGACUCCUACUCCCAGUGACUAGCCAUAUUCUUCUCUAGCCAUUUUGUUCAUUAUUUAUAACAGAUCCAUAUAACAGUGGAGCUAGUAUUCAAAUAAUGAUGAAUGUGAUACUAUGAAGUCCUUUUGACGAGAUUGUACAUGCUUAAUAACAAAAUUAUUUUUCUUA